AUGACGGAAAAUACUCCGCCUGGAGAGCCGACUCUCCGUAUCGUCCAUAAGUCACAGUAUGAUCGACAGAUAUUCAUCCCAGCGCCAGAAUCCAACCUGCCGCAACUCGCACCAUCUAGCGUCCGAGUACAAAGCCGGCUGAUCGGAUUGACGGCCAACAAUCUAUCGUACUGCGCCCUGGGGACGGCAUUACACUGGUGGGAUGCAUUCCCCUUACCAUCAUGGGCCGAAGUCCCAUCCAACGACGCUUCCGAAUAUGGGGUGUCGCCUGGCUGGGGAUAUGCGAUGAUCCUCGAGAGCAAUGUUCCGUCGCUGCAGGCCGGAUCACUUCUUUGGGGAUUUAUCCCAGUCUCGACAUGUCCUGUUGAUUUAUUGUUGACUCAAUCCAAAGGCCUCAGCUCACAUUACAUCGAAGUCAGCCAGCAUCGCAGCCAGGUCAUGCCACUCUAUCAACGCUAUAUCGCCGUCGGUAACGACGUCGACCUAACGUCACCUGUGGCAGGGUUGACCGCCAUGCUGAAACCCGUCUUUGAAGCCUCAUUCUUGUACAACACGUACAAUUUCCCUUCGGAUCCUAGUCUUCCUGUCCUUCAUCCCGGGAUCGGACAUUCCUGGGGUCCUGAGGACGCAGAUCUCACACACGCAGCAGUGAUCUGCUUGGGUGCCGGAAGCAAGACAAGUCGGUCAUUUGUCCACCAGCUGGCGACCAAUCGAGCGAAAGGCAGCGGUCCACUGGCUGUACUCGAGAUUUCGUCUUCGCCGUCACCAUUCUCGGGUCGCAAUCUUCCAUUUGCACAUAAAGCGGUUAGGUACGAGGAGCUACAAGGCCAACAGGCAUCAGCUUUGUCUGAGUGGUUGGUUUCACACGCCGGUACCGUCAAGCGGUUCGUGUUAUUUGAUUUUGCAAGCCGUCGUGGAACGACCCAGGUUGUCUAUGACCUUCUUCGAUCGCACUCGUCCGGUCUCCCUGUCGAGGUCUUGAUGGUCGGCUCCGCACCACAGGUUUACUCUGCACAAGAACUCGGCGAGCGACAGGAUCUGACAACCCGCCUCAAUGCCGUGCGAUGUAACGCGUCAGGUAUCCGUGUGGCAGCUAUGGAGGCAGAGGGUGAAGAAGCGUUUUUUAAUCGACUUGACGCGGCAUUUGACGACCUAGUCCAGGAAGGAAAGAGUCAUGAUGAUGGAAAAUAUGUCGGAAUAGAUCUUGUCUCUAGGCAUGGGCUUCAAGGCUCUCAAGGGCUUGAGGGUACGUGGAACCUUCUGUGCGAUCAAAAGCUGCGGGGCGACCAGGGCUUUGCAUUUUUGCUCUGAGAUUGGAUUGAAGGUCCUGAAUCCGGUUGAGGCACUGAAGAAGAAACUGGAUGAUUGGGC